AUGUUUAACGGUUCGAGCAACUCCACGGAGGAUCUUCAUUGUACUGACGAGCUGGCCCGCCUGAUCCUGUGUCCGCUGAUCGCCGGGGUAGCCCUGCUGGGGAACGUCCUGGCCGUGCUGUCUAUUCGGGUCAGAGACAAGUUCCGGAUCCCUACCUACGCCGCCAUUUCCUGUCUGGCCGUCUCCGACUCACUGGCCGUCAUCUUCCGGUUGGCGCGCGCACUAACCUGUAGGAUAUGUGUACUGUAUUACGACACUCGGACCUGCCUUUCGGGCAAGCACACCCUCUAUGACAAGUUUGGCGCGAUAGCAAGUAUCCCUUCCUUUAUUUCAAUCCACAGUUCAUUUUGCCAUCUUGUACUUUUCUCGGUCAUUAGAUACAUCAUCGUUGUUCACCCAAUGUUCGCGCACCGCUACUUAACCAGUGGUAAAGUACUGAGGUAUUCCGGGUUAGCCUGGAUUGUAACGUUCGUCAUCAGUUCCGCCUACGUGUAUUGCUGUGUCCAAUUCUACCUAGAAAACGAAUGGUUCAUCAAACGAUUUGGAUACAUAGACCUUGUCAGCGUUUUUUAUUUGUUUCUUAUAACCCUUCCGCCUCUCUUAGUCUUGCACGUCGCUAAAAAGAAAUCCAUACCUUCUACCUUGACUGAACAGGUGAAAAAGAUGAAUCUAAUGACAGUCUCGAUCUCUGUAAUCACGGUCGUCAGUCUGUUACCCACAAUAAUCCUUGCCACCCUGCUAUUCCCAGAGGUGGACCCUAUAACUGAAGACCAAGUAGAAACGUUUAUGACAGUCGCUCAACUGACCUUUUUCCUGGGACAUAUGAUGCACCCUGUGUUAUAUUUUUGGAUCCACGUGGUCCAAAAGAAGAGGCAGAACCUUCGUCAUCACCAUACCACACACAGUGAUGUCCAUCGUGAGUCGGCGAUUCCUAUGUGUGGUUCCAGUCAGUACAAAACAAGCCUGGUCGUCAAGUAA